ACAUCAAGAGAAUUGAAGCAAUAAUAAAACAAACAAAACAACAAUGGCAAAGGCGGCUCUUGCAAUCAUCUCCGCGCUUUGCAUCUUGGCCGCCAUGGCAGGCUCCGGCAGCUGCCACCCCGGAGAAUCUUUCACCGUGAAGGGCAAGGUUUACUGCGACCCCUGCCGCCUCAAAUUCGAGACCAGAAUCAGCGAGAACAUCGCGGAUGCUGUUGUGCGGCUGGAGUGCAGGAAUAUGACGACAGAGGAGGUGACGUACACCAAGGAGACGACAACAAACGCCGACGGGACGUAUAUGAUGACGGUGGAGGGGGAGCACGAGGAGGAGAUCUGCGAUGUGACGGUGGAGAAGAGCCCGAGGGAGGAUUGCAAGGAGGCGGCGGCUGGGUUGGAGAAGGCGCAGGUGGUUUGCAGCGACAAAGUUGGAAUGCACAGCAACGUUCGAUAUGCCAACCCGCUGUUCUUCAUGAAGGAAAAGGUUUCUAAAGAAUGCGCCAAAGUCCUGAAGGAGUUGGAUUUUGUUCCUCUUGAAAUGUAAUCAGAUCAGCCUUUGCCUUUGCCUGCCUGCACCUUUAAUGUCUCAUAUGUUGUUGCCCACUUCUCUUGUAUAUGCAUGUAUGUCAUGUCAUGAAUAAAGCAUCUUGUUGAUGUUAAAA